UGAUAAUCACACCCUACAAGCUAACCUACCCAGUAGGGACAUACGAUACCAUGUAUUAUAGCCUCGAGCAUCCAUCUGGCCCAGCUUCUCGGGUGUCUUGGGUCAAGAGGGGCCUACUCUAGUAACUCUAUUAUGUAGGUAGGUCCAUGCACUUCAAAUCCGAGCAUCAUUAAUUCACAUGUUUACUGUUGUUAUUUAUCCUCCUUCACCUUCAAUCAUCCUUCUUAGGUGCUGCGUGCUGUAAGAAUUGCUGGUCUCUCUUUUUCUUUUUCUUCUUCUUCUUCUUCUGCGCCGUUCGUUCGCUUCAUAAAUAUACCCCCUUUUUAUUUUCAAUUAUAUAUAUAUAUAGAAGUGUCUUGUUCGUCUUGCCAAGAUGCUGAGAGGAAGAUUCGCUGAUAAGAGAGCUUCGGGAAGCUCUUCCCCAAGACUGGCCGGUCCAGCCACCGUCAAAAUAAUAGUCGGGCCAGACAGCCAAGAAUAUUUCAUAGCCAGAAAGUCCCUCAUCGGAUCUCCGUACUUCCGUCAUUGCUUCGAGAAUGCGCGCGUGGAGUUCGAAAAGGGCGAGGCGUACCUCGUCGUAAUCAUGGAAGAGCAAUGCCCCGAGAUGUUUGAACUAUUCGCGUACUGGAUGAAUGAAAGGAGGAAUUUCGACAAAUUCAUCGACGUGGCCGAGCUCGAUAACACCUGCACCGAGCUCCACUGGGAUCUGGUGAGCCUGCACAUAUUUGCCGCCCAGGUCGAACUGCCCGCCCUGCAGGAUGCCGCCAUGGACGCUAUACAAGAUGUAUACCUGCGCUGUAACUGGGACAUCAACCCCAAGCUCACCAGCUACAUCUACGAAUCCUGCGACCCGCAGGAUAGCUGUCGGCUUCGAAAGUGGAUUGUCGCCAUGACGGCCUGGACGCUGGGCGGCGUCGUAGGAACCGAGAUGUCCAGCAACAUCCAGCGCCUCUUCGACCUGUACCCCGACUUCUUGGCCGAGUAUCACAUCCACACCCGUAAAAUGGCCCAGUCCAGGCUCGAGUGCCACUUCAAGAACCCCCAGCUCCGAUUACCCUCCAACAAUCUUCGCAACGAGGAGCGCCAGUUCGGCUUUCGCCAGUGCUCGUUCCACACCCAUCGGUCUAUCAUCGGCCAAGGGAGUUGCCCCCACAACGGCUUCCUCUCGCCUUACUCCUUUGCCCUACACACGGACCUUUACGCCGAAUCGGACUCGGAACACACCGAAUCGAGGUUUGGCUCACGCAUGGUUUCUCCGAGCAGCGAUACGAUUCCCGAGUCCGAUUUCGAGACCUCAUGAGAAGCCUCCUAGUGUCGGGAGGUUUUUUUUUUUUGCUCUGACUCUAGGCAAGAGCGUAUGAGGACGGACCUCUUAAUACUAUCUAUUAUUCUUCCUUCCCUUUUUGGACGGAGGGAGGAGUCUGGAUGCCGAUCGGGACGAUGGUAUGCAAUCAACGUACUACCUUUAUGUAUCCUCGCGGCCUUCCGCUCAUUGGACAAGACCUGUCACGAUCGAGUAACGUAGGCUUAUCGAUCGUCGCACUUUGCUAGCUUAGUGUGUGACGGGAAUCUUUAGAAAGUCCCCCCUCCCUUUCCAGAAGAUGGACAUUCCACGAAGAGGACCAUCUGAGGUAUAAUUCCUGACCUACCUACCUACUGGGUACUCCUCCACGCACCCAUGGCUGGGGUUAAGCAGUCCUUUACCUAAAUUAAUAUAUCAAUGUACUUAAGAGCAUGAGCCCAUGUAAGCCGUUGACGGCUUAUGUCUAUAAUUAUAAUGAACACAUAUCAAAAUAAUCUGUUACCUAUCGAA